CCGUAGUUCGCGUUUUCACCUGGUCGCCAGGCAGCCAUGGCGGCCGUUCUGAAGCCGGUGCUGCUGGGACUUCGAGAUGCGCCGGUGCACGGCAGCCCCACAGGGCCGGACGCCUGGACUGCUAGCAAGCUGGGCGGCAUUCCGGACACUCUGCCCACCAUGGCUGCGCCCAGGCCCGUGUGUCAGCGCUGCGGGCAGCCGCUCGCCCUGAUCGUGCAGGUGUACUGCCCGCUGGAAGGCUCCCCGUUUCACCGUCUGCUGCACGUGUUCGCGUGCGCCUGCCCCGGCUGCAGCACCGGCGGUGCGCGCAGCUGGAAGGUGUUCCGCUCCCAGUGCCUGCAGGUUCCAGAGAGAGAGGCGCAGGACGCUCAGACACAGGAAAACAGCCUUGCAGCUGAGGACUGGUGUGAAGGUGCUGAUGACUGGGGAAGUGACACUGAGGAGGCGCCUUCACCACAGCUUACCUUGGAUUUUGGGAAUGAUGCCAGCAGUGCCAAAGACGUAGACUGGACUGCUCAGCUCCAAGACCUCCGCCUGCAGGAUGCUGUCCUGGGUGCUGCCCAUCUUGUGCCUCCUGGGGAGCAGACCACCUUGUCUCCUGGGCUGCCGCUAUUCCUGCCCUACUACAUCUGUGUUGCAGACGAGGAUGAAUACAUAGACUUUGUCAACCUGGAUCAUGCCCACAGCCUUCUGAGGGACUAUCAGCAGAGAGAAGGCAUUGCCAUGGAUCAGUUGCUUUCCCAAAGCCUUUCUAAUGAUGGUGAUGAAAAAUACGAGAAAACCGUAAUUAAAAGUGGAGAUCAGACGUUUUACAAAUUCAUGAAGCGAAUUGCUGCUUGUCAGGAGCAGAUUUUGAGGUAUUCCUGGAGUGGAGAGCCACUCUUUCUGACCUGCCCUACAUCAGAAGUCACCGAGCUUCCAGCCUGCAGCCAGUGUGGAGGCCGAAGGAUAUUUGAGUUUCAGCUUAUGCCAGCACUGGUCAGCAUGCUCAAGAGUGCUAAUUUAGUAGCUGGAUUUUCUCAAGUAAUAGCUUUUAGGAGGGCUCAGAAGUGCCUUGCUUCAGAUUGUGCACGGUAAUGUGGCUUCAUAUUUGAGGGGCAACCCAUGUAUAAAAUUUUUAAAUCCCACUUUCUCUUUUCAGAACCUUGUAGACCCCUGUGUUGUCUUCUGACAGUGAAAGCCCUGCCAGCCAUUGCCCUGGUGCCUCCUGUCAUCUGGUGGUUCAGUCUCACUGGGAAAUAUAUUUUUCUGGAAGGGCUUAUGGGCAUUCUGAUCUCUGAGAUUUUUCACUUAUAUAGAAAUGUCUUUUGCAUGGAAUGUAGCUUUGUAGAGGUAUGAGGGUGGUCUGAUUUUUCCCCCCUUUGUAACUAACAUUUUUGCCACAAUACUGUUAGCAGUGGCAAAUCUGUAGGGGUCUGUAGCAACCUCAGUUCUUGCCUCCUUAGAAGAAAGAAUUUGACUGAGGCACUUAAGACAGAGGAGAGACCAAAGCAAAUUUUAGAGCAGGAGUGAAAACUUAUUAAAAAGUUUUAGAGCAGGAACGAAAGGAAGUAAAUACAGUUGGAAGAGGGGGCCAAGCAGGCAACCUGAGAGAUUGAAGUGUCCAUUUUUGACCUUUGACUUGGGAUUUUGUACUUCCCGGGUCUUGUGUUACUUCUCUUGUUUCUUCCCUUGGGAUGGGCAUAGUGGCCCGCCAGCACUUGGGAGGGGCCGCAUGCGCAGUGUGUUUACUGGAGUUGUAGACAUGCUCACUUGAGGCGAUUUUCCCUUACCAGUCACAUUCUCCUAGAAGAAGGUCAUAUACCAGUUAAUAAACUCUGCCAUUUUUUCAUUUUUUUU